CCAGGAGCAGCUGCCCGCGCGGGACCUGGAAGGGGAACCCUGGCACCGCUGCUUGGCCUGGGACGCAGGAGACCCUGAGGGCUAGUCCCAGCCCAGGCCCCUGUUUGUACUUCUGGAUGCAUUUCGGCAAGUACAGCACCAUGGGCUUCUCUUCAGAGCUGUGCAGCCCUCAGGGCCACGGGGCAGUGCAGCGGCUGCAGGAAGCUGAGCUUCGGCUGUUGGAGGGCAUGAGGAAGUGGAUGGCCCAGCGGGUCAAGAGUGACAGGGAAUACGCUGGGCUGCUGCACCACAUGUUCCUGCAGGACAGCGGGGCCCAGAGCCGGGGCAUGGCCCCCGACAGCCCCAUCAGCCAGUCCUGGGCGGAGAUCACCAGCCAGACAGAGGGCCUGAGCCGGUUGCUGAGGCAGCACGCAGAGGAUCUGAACUCAGGACCCUUAAGCAAGCUGAGCUUGCUGAUCCGGGAGCGGCAGCAACUCCGCAAAAGCUACAGCGAGCAGUGGCAGCAGCUGCAGCAGGAGCUCACCAAGACCCACAGCCAGGACAUUGAAAAGCUGAAGAGCCAGUACCGAGCCCUGGCACGGGACAGCGCCCAGGCCAGGCGCAAGUACCAGGAGGCCAGCAAAGGUCUGUGGUUUCCCCUACUGGCAGGGAUGCACUUAAACCCCAAGCCAGUCCUAACCAACCCAUGGGUGCCCAGGGAAGGAGUCUGCCCAGGCCAAUAUGCUGUCACCUGUACUCCCCCCUUCACCCGAGCAGACAAGGACCGUGACAGGGCCAAGGACAAGUAUGUGCGCAGCCUGUGGAAGCUCUUUGCCCACCAUAACCGCUAUGUGCUGGGCGUGCGGGCCGCGCAGCUGCACCACCAGCACCACCACCAGCUCAUGCUGCCCAGCCUGCUCCAGUCCCUGCAGGACCUGCACCAGGAGAUGGCGUGCAUCCUGAAGGAGAUCUUGCAGGAGUACCUGGAGAUCAGCAGCCUGGUGCAGGACGAGGUGAUGGCCAUUCACCAGGAGAUGGCAGCAGCUGCAGCCCGCAUCCAGCCUGAGGCUGAGUACGAGGGCUUCUUGCGACAGUAUGGGUCUGCACCUGAUGUCCCACCCUGUGUCACCUUUGAUGAGUCCCUGCUUGAGGAGGGCGAACUGCUGGAGCCCGGGGAGCUGCAGCUAAAUGAACUGACGGUGGAGAGCGUGCAGCACACGCUGACCGCAGUGACUGGUGACCUGGCUGAGGCCACUGAGACGGUGCUUAGCCGGCAAAAGGUGGUCACUCAGCUGCAGUAUGAGCUCCAGAACGAGGAGCAGAAUACCCACCCCCGGGAGCGGGUGCAGCUGCUCAGCAAGAAGCAGGCGCUGCAGGAGGCGCUGCAGGGGCUGCAGGUCACGCAGUGCAACCAGGCCAAGCUGCAGGCCCAACAAGAGCUGUUGCAGACCAAGCUGGAGCAGCUGGGCCCCGGUGAGCCCCCGCCCGUGCACCUCCUGCAGGACGACCGCCACUCCACGUCCUCCUCGGAGCAGGAGCGAGAGGGGGGAAGGACGCCCACCCUGGAGAUGCUUAAGAGCCACAUCUCGGGAAUCUUCCGCCCCAAGUUCUCGCUCCCCCCACCACUGCAGCUUGUCCCUGAAGUGCAGAAGCCCCUGCAUGAGCAGCUUUGGUACCACGGAGCCAUCCCGCGGGCAGAGGUGGCAGAGUUGCUGAUGCACUCUGGGGACUUCCUGGUGCGGCAGAGCCAGGGCAAGCAGGAGUAUGUGCUGUCGGUGCUGUGGGACGGGCAGCCCCGACACUUCAUCAUCCAGUCAGCAGAUAACCUGUACCGACUGGAAGGGGACGGCUUUCCCAGCAUCCCCUUGCUCAUCAACCACCUGCUGCAUUCCCAGCAACCCCUCACCAAGAAGAGCGGUGUUGUCCUGAAUAGGGCUGUGCACAAGGACAAGUGGGCACUGAACCAUGAGGACCUGGUGUUGGGCGAGCAGAUUGGGCGGGGGAACUUUGGCGAAGUGUUCAGUGGACGCCUGCGAGCUGACAACAGCCUCGUAGCCGUGAAAUCUUGCCGAGAGACGCUCCCCCCUGACCUCAAGGCGAAGUUUCUGCAGGAAGCGAGGAUCCUGAAGCAGUACAGCCACCCCAACAUUGUGCGUCUCAUUGGCGUCUGCACCCAGAAACAGCCCAUCUACAUUGUCAUGGAGCUCGUGCAGGGAGGCGACUUCCUGACCUUCCUCCGGACAGAGGGCCCCCGCCUGCGGGUGAAGAUUCUGCUGCAGAUGGUGGGAGACGCAGCUGCCGGCAUGGAGUACCUGGAGAGCAAGUGCUGCAUCCACCGGGACCUGGCUGCUCGGAACUGCCUGGUGACUGAGAAGAACAUACUGAAGAUCAGCGACUUUGGGAUGUCCCGGCAGGAAGCUGAUGGGGUCUACGCAGCCUCAGGGGGCCUCAGACAAGUCCCUGUGAAGUGGACUGCCCCUGAGGCUCUUAACUAUGGCCGCUAUACCUCCGAGAGUGACGUGUGGAGCUUUGGCAUCUUGCUCUGGGAGACCUUCAGCCUGGGGGCCUCCCCAUACCCCAACCUUAGCAACCAGCAAACUCGGGAUUUUGUGGAGAAGGGGGGCCGCCUGCCCUGCCCAGAGCUGUGCCCUGACGCCGUGUUCAGGCUCAUGGAGCAGUGCUGGGCCUAUGAGCCUGGGCAGCGGCCCAGCUUUAGCAUCAUCUGCCAGGAGCUGCAGAGCAUCCGAAAGCGGCAUCAGUGAGGCUGGGACCCCUUCUCAGGCCAGCAGCCUCUGCAGGCAAGACUGCCUCCUCGCCAGCUGCAGCCCACUCUGCUGGACAGCUCUUCACAGUCCUGGACUCCAGCCACCAGCUUCCGUGAUGCCAGCAGGGAUGCGGCUCCUGUCUGCUCAGCCUCCCUGCUCCUGCCAGGGCUUCCUCGCUAGGCAGAAAUAAAAACCACUUGUGCCCACUGAGUGCUUGGCAUGUGCGCUCCUCUGGAAGGACUGGAAGGCCUGUACUGUGGCCAUGGGAAAGGGGAAGGUGGAUUCAGGCAGGUUUUGCUAGCCUCUUGGAUGUGAGACGGGAGGAAGCAGGAGAGAUCAGGGUGAUAUACAGGCUUCUGACCAGAGGGUGGUGGCAUUCCCUGAAAUAGGAUCACAGGAAGCCGAGCAGAGCUGCGGGGAGGAUGGUGUGUUUGAGGGGCCUGUGGAGAUGUAAAUGUGGACGUUUCACUGUGGAAGCCCAGGCGGAGGUAAAGGCCGGUGAUAGAGAUUUGAAGGUCAUUAGCUUAUAAAUGUUCCACACUGUGGAUGUGUAUGAUAAUCACAUAAGAUUCAGAAUGAGACGAGAAGAGAGUCAGGGAAAGUGUUCCACUCGUAGGAGGCUAGAGUGGCUGAAGAGGAAGAAAAUGCUUCCCAGGGAGUUCAUCUCCUGAGGCUACUGCGCAGUGGGGUGGCGAGCAGGGAGCCCUCAGCUCCUCCCCUAACUCCCACUGAAAUCUAUACAAUCAUCUGGGACAUUUCCAGUAGCAACAGCAAAGGUCAAAAAGAUAAAGAAAUGUGCACAAACUGAAGAAUCAGAAACCGGAAAAGAGCUAUAGGCAAAAAAAGCGAUAAGGACUUUGGGGUAAAAUGGCUACCCCUCGAGAAAGUUUAGGAAAUAGUUGACGUCUGUUUUCAAAGAGAGAAAAGAGAGCCCUAUAAGCUUGUUUAGGUCCGGGGUGGUGCAAAUGGUUUGCACUUGAAUCGACUC